AUGGUCCUUGACUAUAGAUUUGACGAUCUCAACAUAACUUCCAGGCUUGCCAGAGCUGUGUUACAGCAGAGAGAGCAAAUAGCUCAUGAUAUUUCUCCUCUGAUGAGUAAGCUCCAAAAUCGCAGGUUUAAAUUUGAUCUGGGAUUGAAAGAAAAGGAGCUAUGUCCUCCCAUGCCAGCAUCCAUGCUUUUCUUUGUCAGAGGUAUUGGCGCCUAUGAUAUGUACGCUUAUGGGAUACAUGCAGGGAAACAGCUGAUUGCAGAAGCAGAUGAUAGGGCUUUCCUAGAAGAAGUACAGGAUGGGAUGCCUGGGGAACUUCCAGGUGCUCGGCUGCCUCUUCCCGGACCGAGCGAAGCGCCCACAUGGCCGCCACCUGCGUCCUCCUUCCCACGGCCCUCGGGAGACCGCGCUUGGUGGCAGUGGACCGCCAGCAGCUCCGAAGGUGACAGUGUGGGAGAUUCCGUCCGUGGGAAACCUUCCGUGGUGUACAGAUUUUUCACAAGUCUCGGACAGGUCUAUCGGGCCUGGCUGGACAAGUCUACUCCAUACACAGUUGUGCGAUGGGUGGUGACGCUGGGCCUGAGCUUCAUCUACAUGAUCCGAGUUUACCUGCUGCCAGGUUGGUACAUUGUGACCUAUGCCUUGGGAAUCCACCAUCUAAAUCUCCUUAUAGCUUUCCUUUCUCCAAAAGCGGAUCCUUCCUUAAUGGAAGAUUCAGACGAUGGCCCCUCGUUACCAACCAAACAGAAUGAGGAGUUCCAGUCCUCUAUUCGAAGGCUCCCAGAGUUUAAAUCCUGGCACACGGUGACCAAGGACAUCCUGGUGGCCAUGGUCUGCACCUUCUUUGAGGCAUUCAACGUCCCGGUGUUCUGGCCCAUCCUGGUGAUGUACUUCGUCAUGCUCUUCUGUAUCACGAUGAAGAGGCAGAUAGAGCACAUGAUCGAGUACCGGUACAUCCUGUUCACGCACAGCAAGAAGACAUACAAGGGAAAGGAGGAUACGGGCAAGACGUUCGCCAGCUAGACGCGGCCGCCCUCCGCGGGCCCUGGACGGCCACAAGUUGCUGUGAUGGCGCCUUCUUUCCUCACAUAAAGUAGUUGAUUACAAGGGAGUUAUUUUCUUUUUAAAAAGGAGCUUCAAUUAUUUGUAACUGAGAUAUCAGG